CAGUAUGGAAGAAGAACCUCAGGAAACUCCCAGAUUUCAACAAAAGACUCUGACAGCACCUGCUCCAUUCGCAGAUGAAACAAGCUGUCAGUGCCAAGCACCCCAUGAGAAGUUAACCAUUGCACAAGCCCGCCUGGGAACGCCAGUUGACAGACCUGUCAGAGUGUAUGCAGAUGGAAUAUUUGACCUCUUCCACGCUGGCCAUGCUAGAGCUCUUAUGCAAGCCAAAACUCUAUUCCCAAAUAGCUACUUAUUAGUAGGAGUUUGCAGUGAUGAUUUAACUCAUAAAUUCAAAGGCUUCACUGUGAUGAAUGAAACUGAGCGAUAUGAAGCCCUCAGACACUGUCGUUAUGUGGAUGAGGUCAUCAGAGAUGCACCCUGGACACUGACACCUGAGUUCCUUGAAAAACAUAAGAUUGACUUUGUAGCCCACGAUGACAUCCCAUACUCUUCCGCUGGAUCGGAUGACGUAUACAAACACAUAAAGGAGGCAGGAAUGUUUGUACCUACGCAGAGAACCGAAGGUAUCUCCACAUCGGAUAUCAUCACGCGGAUCGUCCGGGACUACGACGUGUACGCCCGGCGCAACCUGCAGCGGGGAUACACCGCCAAAGAGCUGAAUGUCAGUUUUAUCAAUGAGAAGAAAUAUCGCUUUCAAAACCAAGUGGACAAAAUGAAAGAAAAAGUCAAGAAUGUGGAGGAAAAGUCAAAAGAAUUUGUUUACAAGGUGGAAGAGAAGAGCCAUGACCUCAUUCAGAAAUGGGAAGAAAAGUCCAGAGAAUUUAUUGGCAACUUUUUAGAGCUGUUUGGACCUGAUGGAGCUUGGAAGCAGAUGUUCCAGGAACGAAGCGGCCGAAUGCUCCAGGCUUUUUCUCCCCGGCAGAGCCCAAACAGCAGUCCUACACGAGGCCGCUCUCCGUCCCGUUCUCCAUCUCCACCCUGGGUCAUCAAUAAGACCUCCCCUCCCUCUUCUCCAAAAGCUGCCUCUGCCUCCCUCAGCAGCAUGAGCGAGGGAGACGAGGAUGAAAAAUAAAAUAUAUAUUUUUUUAACCAUGAGACAGAAGAACAAGAUAUGAACUCAACCACUGGAUGGGGAGAAGCAUGAGGAACAUCAGGGGUUUCUCUGACAGCAGGGAUCGUGCUCUGGGAGAUGUCAAAAAUGAACUGGAGCACAGCAAGGGAGAUCUCAGGAAGAGCUUAUCCCAUCCCCACUGCCUCAAGGUGCUGGAGUCUCAGCCAGCAGCACUUGCCAGGCACAGCCCCAGGGACUGACAGAAAAACACACCCAUGUGCAAGUUCCUGCUCCUGCCUUGCUGCUUUUCCAGCUGCUGCUCCAGGCCAGGCCUGUGGGAGCUCUGCACCGAGGGGGGCUGGAAGGAGGAGCCCAGCUGGCUCCUGAUCCGGACCCAGCACACAGGGAAGUGCUGGCUGCAGCCUGCUGAGAGAGAAGAUGCAGUUGUACCCUGCUGACCUUGAGCUCUUCUGGCACGUGAAGGAAUGGCAUUGCUGCAGCAAAUAUGUUGAGAAACAGGGAACAAAAUUGUUUGUUUUUUUUUUUUCCUUUUGGGUAACAUCUGCCCCAGAGCCCAAAUAAUGCACUGAAAUGAAGAGUUCUCCAGGCAAGUUGGUGGAAAUCUAUUUAACAUAUUCAGUGCUGCUUGUUGACCAAGCCUCUCUGUGAGGUGUGUCUAAAGAGUCGGGCUUUUUGCUUUAUCAAAUCACUGUCCAUGUUCCUAGUGCCUGAACAGCUGCCUAAUCACUUCUGGUUUGCUCCCUGGCUUUGCACUUUGAAGGCAAGAAAGUAAAUGAAAAGACAGCCCUAGCUGGAAUGUGGUGGUGUAGGAAAUAAGUGAGUUUGAAGAUGCUGAUGGCUUUUACUGGUAAAAUAUAAAAAUAUCCCAAGGCCUUGGGACAUGGCCUCCUAGGAAAACCUGCUGCUCCCAACUAUGUAUCAGAAAAUGACAAACAAAUAGUGCUGUUGUCACAUGAUACUCAGCCAGUUAAACAAACUUCUCAUCAAACUCUAAACAAGAUAUGUUCACAGACACACUGCCCCUGCAGAGGAUCCCAAGGCUAUUCCUCUACACUAAUAUGGAGGAAAAAAAUGGAAAAGAAACAAAGGAAACUUUUUGAACAGGAUUAGGUACAACUAUUUUUUUUUCCUCCAUCAAUGACACCUUUACAGCCCCAAGCAGAAAGAGGGUAGCACAGCUCUCCCCUCAAUGCUGAUCUUCCUAAUUGGCAGAGCUAGUCCUACCUGACAUCUGGUCCCAUGUUCAGUCCCUCAGUUGGCACCUCAGUCCCUUAGUGGCUGCAGGAGCUGGCAGGAUUCCUGAGCCCUGGGGCCGCUCUGCCCCACAGUUGCAGGAACCCCCAGCGCUCUGGUGGGGCUGUGCCACUGAUGCCAUUUGGCUCCCAAGCUUCCCAAGCACCCAGGCACGUCUGAGGCUCUCCAGCCCAGCAGCAGCUUUGGUGCCAGGCCAGCAGGUAAAGGCUGCCACUGGCCCUGUCUCACAGGAGCGGGGCUGCAGCCAUAGAAUCACUCUUGUGCCACUGCUGCCUGGAACUGCAAACCCACCAGGACACACCAGCUGCUGCAGGCAGCACCAGUCAGCACUUGCUGGUUCCCUGUACAGACAACACAGGAAAUGCUGGGGGAGGGAGGGCUCCGCGUCGCUCUUGGAAAAAAAACGAGGCACCAAGAUGCCCAAGCAUGUGGAGUGGUUGUGCUUGCUGGCAGCAGCACCACCCCAGCUGCUGUCCUUACCUCGCUGAGUGACCUGGCUGGUAGGUAGACUCCUUUCCAGAUACUCUCCUGGGCAAGUAAAUUACAGACCUUGGUAGCAGACACCAAAUUAGCUCCACACUCUGCUCACUCCCUACAGCUUUCAUCCCUCCUCCACUAAGCGGUAACCAAUUUUACUUUGGGAACAUUUUGCCAGACAUUUCUCGAACUACCACAAGACCAAGUACGCAGCAUCUCGUGCACUUUGUCCUCUGGAGUCGAGCUAGUUCCUUCACAGAGCUGCAAAAACAGGUGAGCAGGAAAUAGGGUGGAAUGUGCAAAGGGACAGCCACAGCUACUUCAGCUGCCGCCAGCUGUGCGCCCAAUGGGAUGAUGCAAUUAAGACCUUUCUCAGCCUUAGGCAACGUGUUACUGUAAUUUCAUACCUGGGAUGCACUUGUUCGUUUUUCUGAUCCUUUGCAAGUCUUAAGUCUUCCCAUCACAAACCACUCCUCCACCAUAGGAACUGCCUGCUUCUACUGGUGCUGUUGAUAGACGAGCCAUGUCCAAAUGCAAUGGAAGUGGGCAUGGAUUUGUUGUUCUUGGCUUUUACUUGUUUUUUGUUCAUAUUUCUUCCCUAGCAGUUACUGUUCAGCAGUCCUUGCUCAGUGGUUUGAGUGAGACAGCACCAUAACUUGUAAAUGGGAACUAGAGAAAAACUCACCAGUGACCUGUUCUUAACAGAAGCUGUUUCUCAGGGUCACAGGUGGCUACCCAGCAACAAAGCCAUAUUCUGUACCAGGUGUUUUGUUUGCAUUUAGGAUAUCACUAAGCUGACGCCUUUGCCUUGCUGGUACGUUGAUGUGCUGUCUCCAGCAAACCAGAACCUCAUGGUGUCUGGACACGUGGAAGGCAAUUUUGCACUUCUGAGUCAUGGUUGGGUUUUCCUUUUCACAAGUGUUGCUUUAAUUUAGUCCUAUUUAUCAGCCAAGCUCCACAUGAACAAUAAAGUGUAUGACAGACACAGCUGCCUCUCCCCUUCAUUUUACAGCUUCUUUGGACACAUGAACACAAGCUGCAGAGGAAGCCCCACUGAUGGUACAGUGCCUGUCAUCCCCAUCCUUGGUAGCCCAGGGCUUUACACCCCCACAAAGCCAUGAGAACAGAUCUGCCAACAUGCCCAAAAUGCUGCUGCUUGAGUUCUGCUGCUCUCUGCACGAACAGGAUCACCUGUCCUUGCUUUUACCUUGCAGCCAGAAAAAUGUGGGUGAAGGUGGGGAAGUGCUGUCCCAGCUGGAAAGGUGCAGCAUUAGACAUCAGCAAGUCUGAUAGCUUCUUUGCCCUGUCCCGGCACAAUGGAAUCAGGAGCCACUAUUUUAAUUCUUACUUCAAAGUGGAAGAAAGAAACAGUGCUUUUGCAGCCAUUCUGGUUCCACUGCUGAAAACCAUCCCCAGCAUCAAUUGAUUUGCCCUUGUGGGUGCCAAGAUGCUGGCUGUGUCAGAUGGAAAACAUGAGCCACAAGACAAACUUGAGCCACAGGGACAAAUCCUGACACUGGCUUUUGGACUUGACUCUUCCUUGAACCAAGUCAGUCUGGUGUAUGAAUAUUUCUGCUUUGCUCUUUCCCAUCUGUCCUUUCUGUAAGAAGUCAGUACCUGCAGCAUCUCUAAAGAUUAUUUAUUCAACAGUCCUGCCUCAGGCAGGGAGAAGUUAAAACAGCAAAUGGAGGCUCAGGACUUCCUAGCCAAGAUAUUUUUAAUUACAGAAUAAGCAAAUUUCAAAGUCAUUGAGCAUAGGAGAGAAACCAUUUAAUGGCAGAGUCCACACCAAAAUGCUCCCAGAUAAUACAAGGUUACCUGUACACAAUGUGUGUCCUGCAAGCACAUGCACACAGUAUUUUCUGCCCUUGGAAGGUCCUUUCCUGGUAUAAGGGCAGCAUUAACAUUUCUAAUCCAAAUGGCAAUCAAAGCCAUGGCCUCAUGGCUCAGCCUAAGGGAAGAGGUGGCAGAUAGACUGAAAUAAAAAUAACUGAAAGCUUUUGGACAUGCACUUCCACAGUGCUAAUUGGGGAAUGUGGGACUGAGACUCCAGCAAAACCUGAGGUGUUUCCUGGGACAAGUGCAUUUGCCAGAUCUCCCUGCAGAAUGCAGCAGGCUCCCAUGUCACAACCAGUUCCUCAAAUAUGAGACCUGAACUCCCUUGCUCCAGCAGUUAUUCAUGACCAGUUCAAACAGUUCUUUCACACCUGGUAUCUCCAUCCCCUGUUAGAUACUCUCUCCAACAGCAUCAAUCCCUGCUUCUACGAGGAAUGGGGAACUGCAAGUUCUGAGCCAGGUGAGGCAGUUCUGCCUUUCACAGAAACACAAUUUAUUUUUUAAAUGUUUAACAGGAUUAAUCAAGACAAAAAUGUUCCAUUAUCUCAAAGCAAUUAUUCCUGUGCCUAAGCACAUGACAGCAGGAACACUCAAAGGGAACAUCCUCCCUGGUGGCACCAACCAGGCUGAAUGUGCACAUCAAGUCUCACACAUAUUUCAAAUUCUAGAAACAGCUUUGAUAGAAUAAAUUAUGUCCUCUCCAGCACAUUUUGUGGUUCUUUUUUUUUACCGUAUUCCUGUGAUUCUCUAAUAAUAUUUAUCUACAGACACUGGUUUUCCAUAAAAUAAAGUGACCGUGAACUGCAAAGGCAUCAUCUGCUCAGUAAGAGCAGAUUAAUUAUAACCUGCUCUUUGCAAGUCACCAGCUCUGAUUACCAACAGGGGAUGUUAUUUUAAUGUUCUACACAUCAUACUGGGCUCCAGCUUUUUCAUUUCACAACUAACACAUUAACCAGUAGGGAUCCAGUUACUUUGCUACUUGGCCAUACUUAAGAUAGUUUAUAUCAUCAGUUUAAAAGUUAAUGAGCUUCAAUUUUUGACAGUGUCCUGAUCUUGCACUUCUAUGG